CUACAAAUACCCACGACUCCUUCGGUAGUCACACACUAACACAGUUCAUCUUCGAAGGAUACGUCUCAAGUGCUCUGGUUGAAAUGGCUAUCUUUUACAAGGGUCUCUCAGUCCUGCUGUGCUCUCUGGUGACAGUUCAAGCAGGAUACCCAGCAAUUCCUGGAGCAGGAGUAUUACCGGGAGCAGGAGUAUUACCAGGAGCACCAGUUCCUCCAGGACUUCCCGGCGCUCCCAUUCCACCAGGAUAUCCUGAUCCCAGUUCGGAUUACUCCUUCAACUACCAGGUAGCAGAUCCAGUCACAGGAGACACCAAGGAUCAACAGGAAAUUCGCAGAGGGGAUGUUGUGGAAGGAAGGUACAGUCUGAUCCAACCUGAUGGAUCUCUGAGGGAAGUGACCUACACCUCAACACCUCAAGCCGGCUUCAAUGCUGUUGUUAAGACCACACCAGGCGUAGCUCCUCCCAAUGGUCCUCUGGGUCCCUCAGGGGUUCCAGUUGCUCCAGCUUCGCUCAUCAAGGGACCAGGCGCCUAUGCGGUAUCUCCUGUAGCAGGAGUUGCACCAGGCGCCUAUGCAGUACCUCCUGUAGCACCAGUUGUUCCUGCUGCUGUCAAGCCAGUUAUUCCUCCGGUUGCACCAGUUGUUCCACCAGUCAACCCCUACCUAGCCAACCCAGCUGCAACAGCCUACCCCAGAGUACCUGCUUACCCUUACGCAGGGGUUGGAGCACCAGGAGCAUACCCAGGAGCAUACCCAGGCGCUUAUCCAGGAGCAUACGCUGGUUAUGCUGCUACUGGUUACCCCUACAAUAACUAUGCUACAGCUGGUUAUCCUGGUGCUUACCCCUAUGCUGGAUAUGGUGGAGCCUAUCCUGGAGCCUAUCCCUAUGCCAGGCCAAAUUAUCCAGUGCCAUACCAUAAGAAAUAGAUAAGACUAUAAUCCAAACUAUAAGUGAGAAUAUUGUAUACAAGAAAUAUCUUAGCUCCAGCUCUUCUCAAUACGUAUAUGUGUAAUCUUUGCCCUAUAGAAAUAUGUAAGAACUAAUAUCUUCCUACAUCAUUAUAAUGAUGUAUAUCUAAGUGCAAUACUUUCUAAAAGUUUCUGUAUUCCAAUAAUUAUAUUGGAAUCCAUGACUUUCUUUCAAUUGGGGAAAUUGGUAUUAAAAUUUUCUCUUAAAAAUUCUUCUUUGAAAAAACAAAAACUGAAUAAGCGAAUAAUUUCACAAAUUGUUCAUUCUAGCCUUCAUUCUGUUAUUGAGUUGAGAAGCUUAUAUAUUAGAUAUCCUGUUAAGGAACUCAUUUCACGCAAAAGCUUCUUGAAAAAUAUUCUGCUAGAACUUCUCCAGUAGCAGUUUUCUCCAUCAAGUUCAUCAUGAAUACUUUAUAUUAUUUCGUUCAUUAUCAUACACUAUUAGACUAAUAUUUUCUUCUACUGUCUCUCACUUAUUUUUGUAUAUAAACUAUUGAUAUAAUUGUGAUAUUAAAUGGAUAUAACACUAAA